AUGGCCAAGCUUACUUUACUUACCGGUCUGGUCCUUCUGCUGAAUGCCCAGAUAGGCACUGCCUAUGUGCUGUCAUGUUACUUUACCAACUGGGCUCAAUACAGGCCUGGCCUGGGAAAAUACAUGCCUGACAACAUUGACCCAUUCCUGUGCAACCACCUGAUCUACGCCUUUGCUGGGAUGAACAACAAUGAGAUCACAACUUAUGAAUGGAAUGACGAGACCCUUUACAAAUCCUUCAAUGGCUUGAAGAACCAGAACAGAAAUCUGAAGACCCUCCUGGCCAUUGGAGGAUGGAAUUUUGGGACAGAGAAGUUCUCCACAAUGGUUUCCACACCUCAGAACCGCCAGACCUUCAUCAGAUCUGUCAUCAGAUUCCUGCGUCAGCACCAGUUUGAUGGUCUGGACCUUGACUGGGAAUACCCUGGGGCCAGGGGCAGUCCAGCCCAGGACAAGACUCUCUUCACUGUCCUGGUUAAGGAAAUGGUGGCAGCCUUUGAGCAGGAAGCCAGACAGGCCAACAAGCCCCGUCUCAUGGUCACCGCUGCUGUUGCUGCAGGACUUUCCACCAUUCAGGCUGGCUAUGAGAUUGCUGAGCUUGGGAAAUACUUGGACUACAUCCAUGUGAUGACUUACGACUUCUAUAGCGCCUGGGAUGGACGCACUGGGGAGAACAGCCCUCUGCACAAUGGGGCUAACACCCAACUCAGUGUUGAAUAUGCUAUGAACUAUUGGAAGAACAAUGGUGCUCCAGCUAGGAAGCUCCUUGUUGGAUUCCCAACCUAUGGACAUAGUUUCACUCUCCAAAACCCAUCUAACACCGCUGUUGGGGCACCAACAUCAGGACCUGGGCCAGCUGGACCUUACACACGGGAGGCUGGAUUACUGGCUUACUAUGAGAUCUGUACACUCCUGGACUCCGGAGCCACCCAGGCUUGGGAUGCCUCCGAGGACGUGCCCUAUGCCUACAAGGGCAGUGAAUGGGUUGGCUAUGAUGACGUCAAGAGCUUCAAGAUCAAGGUUGACUGGCUGAAGAAGAACAAUUUUGGAGGUGCCAUGGUUUGGACCCUUGAUAUGGAUGACUUCACAGGCUCUUUCUGCAAGCAGGGCAGAUAUCCCCUGAUCACCACCCUGAAGAACAAUCUUGGUCUGUGA